AUGCAGACCUGCGUGGCGACGGCCGAUACUGUCGGCACACAUGUGCCGACAUCACAUGUGGAGCCCCAUCAGGCCAUUGGGAACGAUGGCAUCUCGCCCGCCCCGGCGUCGCCCCGCACCGCCCGCGACCGCCUCUGGCGCACCGGCGACAACAGCGCGUGGCUCUGUUACGGCGAAUCGGUUAUGCCAAUGCACCUGGGUUGGGCGACGUUUUUCAUUUUGUUGCGAUUGGUGCAAAUACAUAAGGUGCUGUACGAGACGACGCGGGACGUGUCGGCGGCCGAGGAGCUGCUGCUGGGGCCGCGAGCGCCUCUGCCGCUGCCGCCGCUCGACGCCUGCAACGAGUCCAACACGUCCGACGAGCGCAGCGACAAGGAGACCGCCCCCUCGUCCCUCAUCCACGUCGCCGCCCUCGCCCGCGCCCUCGCCGCCGCCGCCAAAGAUGUGACAGGCGUCCGCGCGUCGCGUCGUCGCGUCGCCGCCCAAGACGCCAAGGGCGCCGAAGACCCUUUCCAUCCCCCGCAGGGACGCCAGGCCGCGCCGAUGGCUCAUAAGACAGACACGCGCGGCGUGCAGAGAUUUCCAAAGCCCUCCCGCGCCCAUAAACACCCUAACAGUUUUAAUUGUGUAUCUGAGUUAAGGACAAAGGGAAGGAAGGGCGUGUUACGAGACGAAGGCCGCAGACUAAUUCGGAAUGUGCCCGAGUGA